AUGUCUUCUCUGAGGAUUUUAUCACGGCCUGUAGCUGCCUUGUCUUCUGCUCCCCGAACGCUCCCUCGGCUGGCCCGAUUCCAAUCCACAGCGAGUAGUUAUGAAAACAUUCUGGUCUCGACUCCCAGAACAGGUGUUGGGCUUAUCACACUCCAUCGACCAAAGGCGCUGAACGCCCUGUCGAGUGCCCUCUUUGUCGAAUUGAACGAUGCACUCAAGAAAUAUGAGGAGGACAAAGAAAUUGGCGCUAUAGUGUUGACAGGGAGCGACAAGGCUUUUGCAGCUGGCGCGGAUAUCAAAGAGAUGGCUCCUCUCACCUUCUCCGACGCAUACGUGAACAACUUCAUCGCCCCAUGGUCGUUCAUGACUACGCUGCGCAAGCCCAUCAUCGCAGCGGUAUCCGGCCAUGCUCUCGGUGGUGGCUGUGAGCUUGCUAUGAUGUGCGACAUUGUCUACUGCACCAAGACGGCCAAUUUUGGCCAGCCAGAAAUCAAAUUGGGAACAAUCCCAGGGGCUGGAGGAUCACAAAGAUUGACCGCCGCGAUUGGAAAGAGCAAAGCCAUGGAACUGAUCCUCACGGGCAACAAUUUCAGUGGAGAAGAGGCAGAGAAGCACGGCCUGGCGGCAAAGGCUUUUGAGGGCGGCAAUAAGGAAGUUCUUGAAGGAGCAUUGGAUACGGCGGCCAAGAUCGCCAGUUACUCGCGUGUGGCGGUCGUGGCGGCCAAAGAGGUGGUCAACAAAAGUCAAGAUCUGGGAAUCCGAGAAGGUGUGGAGUAUGAACGCCGUAUCUUCCAUUCGCUAUUCGGAAGCCAGGAUCAAAAGAUUGGCAUGAAGGCAUUUGCGGAAAAGAAGAAACCUGAAUGGAUUCAUUCAUGA